UUUAGUAUGUUCUUCUUUAUCAUACAUUACAUUCCGAACGAUGUAUCCGUAAAACAAUAGGUACUCCUGAAAUCUUUAUUCUGUAACCCCACAAUUUAAGAAUCAAAUGGUUCCAUAUGACCCCUUAGCCUUAGCUCACUAAUGAUGCAUUUCUUGCUGAUAGGGGGAAAUGGAGGGAUGUACUCCCCGGAAAAUGACCAACCGGCAAACAAAAACUCAAUGAUUGAUAUGAAAACAGCAGAACACCAAAGACAGAUCUUGAGGAUGCUUGAGAAGUCCUUGGCGAGGGAGAUCGAUCAUGAAAAGAAGCUGGCCGAGUCAAAUCAACUUGAAGAAGAACUGAGACAUAGGCUACAGUCAGCAGAGGAAGAUGCAUAUUUUAUGGAUGAAGAAGUAAUUGAUGUUUGGGAAAGGUGUUUUGCAGCAGAAAAUACUGCUGAGAUUCUGAUGGGAACCUCGAAAGAGCUAUUGGGUCAACUUCAAGUUCUACAGUUCAACUUGACUUGCACGAGCCAGAGAGAGGCUUAUCUGAAAUCGAGGCUUAAAGAAUCUUCAGACCAAUUGGACGCAAAAGAAACUGCUUUGCAGAAGUUCAAUAGCAGUAGUUCAAAGCUGAAUGACUUCCUUCUAGCUCAAACUGAUAGCCUGAAAGCCAAAUUGGCCGAAGCUGAGGACAAAUUAGUCCUUGCUAAUUCAGAAGCCUUCACUUUAAGUGAGAAGGUCUGUUUGCUCGAAAAGCAGCUGAAAGAAUCUGAGUGUCAGGAGGAUCAUAGCAUUUUGAAUUCUGAAAUCACACGACUGGUUAGUGAAAAUGAGGAUUUGAUGGUAAAACUGUCGAAAGCAGAAAGUAAAGCCGAAAGUGAAGAAAGAAAGUGCCAGUUACUGACAGAAACGAAUAUGGAACUCAAUGAAGAAAUUGAGAUUCUUAAACACAAGUCUGAGAGGGUAGGUGGUUUAGAAAAGCAGUUGAAAGAUUAUGAUAUCAGAAUCCAACAUGCUGAGGCAUCUGCUGAAGCUAGUCAAGAGAAGCAAACCAUGUUGUACUCUACAAUAGGAGACAUGGAGAAUCUCAUUGAGGAUCUCAAGUUGAAAGUUUGCAAAGCUGAAAGACAUGCAGACAGUGCAGAGGAUAAAUGCAUCAUACUGUCAGAAUCUAAUGCAGAGUUAAAUGAGGAACUCGGGUUUUUGAGGGGUAGACUUGAACGUCUGGAAGCUUACUUGAAUCGUUGUGAGGAGACAAAAUUAGUUGCUGCAAAGGGCAUUAGCUUUCAGAGUAAAGUGAUGACUGAUUUAGUGAUGCAAUUAGCUAUUGAAAGAGAACGUCUAAGGAAGCAGCUUUCAUCUCUAGCAUUAGAGAAUAGAACCUUGUUAACACAGCGGCAGCAGACAGAAGAUGAAAAGCAUUUAGCUACUGAUAAAAAGGAAUCUGAUAUCCUGGCUGGUGGUUCAAAGGUGGAGGGUAGUAGGGAAACCAUGUUGGAUGGUGAGACUAAAGCUGGGGCUGUAGUUGAUGUGGGAUUGUCCAACCAAAAGCAAGUUUUGAUGGCAAUGGUGGUUGUAUUCAUUUCAGCAACUUUCUACCUUUUCCAACCAGAGAUUCGCGAAUUCUUCUGAAGAUAUUAGGGAUCUAAUUUUAACUGCCCCUUAGGGAGGCUGAGGAUCAGGUAGCAGCAGCUCCAUGCACACAGAGCAUCAUCAGCGGCUACUGGAAAUUUUUGUGUUCUUUCAACUGACAAACUGUGAGUUGCGACGCAUAGUUACAUUAGUUAACUCCUAGUAGUUUCUGCAAGUUUUUGUGUUCUUGUACUGAGAGAAACCACUAGUUCUUGCUAAGAUUUGUCGCAUAGUUAAUCUGUUAACU